AUGGUUGGAAGUGUGAAGAAAGAUACUAUGACAAUGAUAAUCGAUCCCACUACCUAUUACACAAAUGGCGCCCAGAAAAUGUAUAGGCUUGUUAGCGUUGCAGAUGUAGAUUCCAACGGCCCACCAAGAAAACGUAUGGCAGUAUUGGCCAAAUCUUCUGUGGGCAAUCCUCAGCAUGGAUCAUUAGCAGGGGAAAGCGGUAGCGCUGGUACUCGUGGUCAGCUUGGCGAUGAUAUCAUCAUUGAUGAUGGCAUUGACGAGCGAACAGUCGUCAUAGAACAACAUGACUCUGAUUCACCAUUAUUGGGAGAUUCGCCACUAAGCACCAUGAUGGUUAGCGGUCAUCAAGCCGUACCGCGAGGGAGUCAAUCUCGUCAUAUAGCUUUAUCGAUGGGCGAUCAGUUACGACCACAAACGCGUGUGGUGGCCUCACCACAGCACCAUUCACCCUCACUUGGUCCAGGAUAUAUGCAGCAAAGCCAGUACGAUGCAGAUCUCCAAUUUCAGCAAUUCAUCAGCCAGAAUUUGAGUCUUCUCAAUGAUGACGAGGUGAGCAGAAUCGUUUGCUUCAUCAUCAAACUACCGCUGAUUCGUUGACC